UAUAUUAAUUUUCCUCCCAUGACAACAACCUAUUUUGAUACGCCUUCCGAAGAAUGGAGCUUCAUCGGUUACUACAAACACCGUCGUAAUGAAAGCAACUUCACCUUUUCUUUCAGGAAGGAGUCGUUUUUACUCAAGAAAUAUCUUGAAUCCCACCAAGAAAAAAUACCAAGGGCCAAACAGUUGGCAGAAGCAUUUAAGAAUCAUCGACAGCAUAAUGAGGAAGUCAACAUUUUCUGGAACGAAAUCGAACAUACGUGUCUAGAGCAGGAAGGAACUUUGCGAACACUACGAUGUCAUGUCAAUAUAAGAAGUAAGACACAAGAUAUGAUGGAGAACAUGGCCGAGGAGACAGUAGAAGAAGCCGAGCUCAAGAAUGCAAGCAAGCGAUUACAUUCCGAGUUCUCGAGAUGUGAACAAAAUGAGGAAGGAUUCUCAACCUCACCAAAUGAGAUCAGAACCUCCAAUAGAAUGUUCCCGAAUGAGAGCCGAUCCACAAUAAGAGAUUCAAAGAUAAUGUUGGAAGCUUUUGAUGAAAAUGUUGCGUCGGAUCUGAAAGAGAAAGCUCAACGAUCUACCACACCUUUUCUGCCGAAAAAACGUGCGCGCAACACACAGCAAGAGGCUGAAAAAGAUGUUACAGAUGAAGAUUUAGCGAAUUCAGUGAUUGAUACCUCCAACACUUUCGGCAAAGUUGAAUUUCCGUCAUAUUAUAGUAAACUUAAAUCUAUCUGGAACAAUCAAGAUGCUACGAACUAUCAUGUUAUCGAUUUAGGGGAUAAAGAUACAUUAUAUCAGGUUCAUGACCUUUUAGAUGAGGAUGAGUUGAAAGCGUUGUUUAAAAGGUUAAUGUUGGAUGAUGAAGAUAUGCACAUAAAUGAAAAGGCACGUAAAUAUAUAGAGCUGUUUGAUCAGAUUAUGGAGGAAGAGAAUUUGGAAGAUAUUUGUGAUGACGAAGUUGUGGACGAAGUAGCUGGCAGUGAUCUUGUAGAUGAAAAUAAUGAAGAGACAAAAAAUAUGGAAGGAGAUAACGAAAAGUUUAACAAAUCAAUUGCUAAAAUGAAGGAAAUCGUGCACCAAUUAGAUGGCUUACCCGAAAAAUAUCACUACCUAUCCAAUACUUUUCCCAUGUCAGCACAAUAUUAUGAUCAAUCUAAAAUGUCUGAUAUGUUUAUUGUUAAGAGCGUAUCUAGUCACCUUGAUACUAUCAUAAAGAUGAAUGGUGCUAUGAAAAAUACCCCUGAACGUACAUGGACAGCUCACCGAAGUAUUUCUACAAAAAUAGAUGUUCAAGAAAAUGGUUUUAAAGCUGAUGGUGUAUUGGAGUUUUUUGAGCGACCCAUGCAAAUUCCAUUGUUUUUGCUCGAGGUAUCGGAAGGUCCCAAUAAUCCGGACCCAGAUAAAAUUAAUGAAGAUAGGCAAAAGUUGAUGAAUGAGGGUGUUUUUGCCAUCAAUAAGUUUAUGACAAGAACGGGACUGCCAACGUGGGAAGUAUGUAGUACAUUGAAGGUUUUCUUGGCUCAAGGAUUUGGUGAUAAUAUUGAAAUUGGUCAAAUGAUAUUUAUUGGACCUGGAUUGUACUUGUUCUCACCAUUUACGAUUCCAGCUCUCGUUAUCUCAACUUCUACUGGUAACUUAGAACAUGUACCUCGACUUAUUCGAACACUCUUAUGUUUACGAUAUAAUGUUCUUAAGGAGGUUAGGAUGUUUAAGAAGUUUGCAAAGGAAGGACAGCAACGUAUCGCGAAACCUAAAAUCAAAUAUCCAACUGGAGUUACACCAGAACGGCCAAAAGCU